GCAGUCGAUUUCUAAUGCCACUAUCAAUUGGUUGAUUUCUGAUAUACAUUUUUUCCUCCAAUACUGUCAAGUCAACUUCUAAUCCCUAUCAAUUGGUUGAUUUUUGAUCUACAUUUUUCCUCCAAAUACUUAACCCAAUUCUGGAAGUUCAGAAGUGAUUGUGAAUUUGCAAGUACACAUUGAGUCCACUCUUCUUCUCCUCCUCACAAUGCAAUCGAAGAGUCAACAACAAAAACAACAAGAACAACAUCCAUGGCAGAUCAAAGUUCAUGCCAAGUACAAACUCUUCGAUUUCAAAUUCAAUGCCACCAACACUUUACCCACUUCCAACUCAUCUCCAUUUCCCAUCAAUCUCAACCUCAAUCUCAGUCUCUGUCCUUCUGUCUUCCAAUUCAAGAAGAAAUCAGACCCCCAGCUUCCCCUUCCCAGGAAAGGAAAAUCCUUCAAAUCCAAAUUCCUCCGCUUUCUUGGGAAAAUUCGGCCUCCACACACCAAGAAAAAAGCCUCUUCUGUCAAGCAAAUCUCAAAUCUUGGACACCCAGAACCUCAUUUUCCAGUAAAUCAACCCAGACAAUUUUCUCAUGAGGAACCAGUGUUUGUCAGUUCCAUUGUCAUUGGAAUCAUUGCUUUUCUGUCCCAAUUGAUCUCUCAGAAAGAUCAUAAAGGAAUCAUUUUGUGUAGUUUGAUCAUCUUGCUUUACCUUUCUUCAAUUUUCAAGAAACUUGUUACAAUGAGAACAAGGAAUGUAUUGGUUAUUGUAAUUGUAGCAAUGCUCAGUUGUGCAACUGGGGUUUAUCUAAGCAACAUCUUCAAGAUUAGUGAAGGCUAUGUUUCAGAUUGUGUUUGGAAAGCAUUGAAUUAUUCACUCAAACUCUUCUCCUUUUUUGCCCAGGUAAUCCACUCAAGGUUUUCACAGUAUGUUGGGGAUCAAAGAGGGGACGACUAUUGGGUUACUUGACCUCCUAACCCCUUCAUUCUCAUGUAUUGGUGGUUAUUGCCAAGCCAUUCAAAUGUUGAGGUUUGUUCAGUUGUGUUUUUGUCCUUGUUUUUGUUUUUUUUUUAAAACACAAGGUCUGACUCUUUUUUCUAAAAUAGUUUUUAGUGGCAAUUGUUGUAACAUUUUAUGCCUUCUCUAAUGUUAUAUAAAAUAUCCAGUGCUUAUGUUUUAA